AUGUGGGAAUGGGUUACGUAUCACGUUACCAAGAAACGGUUGAGUAGUGAGGUUGAACCUUCUACGCCACUUUUAACUGAUGAACAAGUUCAGAACUCUCUUGAAACUGGCUGUUUUCCGUGCUUACUACCUUAUAAGAGACGUAAAGGGGCUUGGGAUCAGCGGACUCCUGUUGCACAAAAGUUAGCUCCUUUGUCCUUUUUGGGUUGUAGUGGUGUAGAUGUUGUUGGCCUUAGUGGUGGUAUGUUUGUAUUUUGGUUUACUCCGCUGGGUUUGGUUCCUGUGUAUAGUUCUCAGAAUGUGUUUCUAUGUAAACUGGAGCAAGGAGAUGAAAUUAAGCAUAUUAUGUUUGUGUAUGGAUCGCCUCACGUGUCUUUUCGUUUGGAGGUUUGGAAUUUGAUUACCAAUAUUCUUGAAACCAUUCCAAAUGUUGUCUUGAUUGGUGACUUUAACCAAGUUGAGUAUCUUUCGGAUAAACUGGGGGAUAGCUCAUCUAUUCCAGGACAGAUGGAUUUUAUUAGUUGGCGUAUAGGGAUGGAUUUGGUUGAUGUUCCGUUUUCUGGUCCAAAGUUUACUUGGACUAAUAACAGGACUGAUUUGGAUCCGAUUUUUGAAAGGCUAGAUAGAGCCUACGCCUCUUCCGCUUGGUUGCUAGAUUAUCCUGACACAAGAGUUUUACACCAGCCUAUCUUGUUUUUGGAUCACGCAGCUAUCAUUCUCUCGGAUAUGGUGGAAUCAAGAUACUUAAAACGUCCUUACAGGGUGGAAAACUGGUUUGUCAGGGAACGGUUGCUAGCUUGGUGUAUCUCUCAUAAGAAGGCAUGGGGGAUUAAUUGGAAGACUUUGGUUUCAGAAGUUCAGCAAGCUUCUUUGGCAUUGUCCUCCCGUAUCGAUCGUUGCCUAUUUAUCACUACUAAGGACGAGAAAGUUGUAAAGGCACAAGCAGCUUUUCUCUUCUGGCGUCAACGUGCGAAAGUGAAAUGGGAUGCAUUAGGGGAUUUUCAUUCUCGUCUUCUCUUUUCCUUGGUGCAGUCUCAACGCCGUCAAAAUAAGAUUUGUGGUUUGAGAGAUUCGUCUGGUGUCUGGCAAAGAGAUCUCGAGUACAUUGCAUCUAUAUAUUUCAAUUUUUAUAAAGAUCUUUAUUCAGUCUCUGAUUAUGCUUAUACCCAAGAUUCUAAUUGGUGGGAUCAGUUGCACUUACCUUAUCUCUCUUCAGCUCAGCAACGGCUUCUUAUGGCUCCAUUUUCCGCUCAGGAGAUUCAGAGUGCUAUUUUUGGUAUCGAUGACAACAAAUCUCCAGGACCCAAUGGAUUUUCUUCAGCUUUCUUUAAAGCUCACUGGGCUGAUGUUGGUUCGUCUGUUGUUUCAGCGGUUCAGCACUUCUUUGCUCAUGGGUAUAUGUUAAAAGAAUGGAAUCGUACCUUCCUUGUUCUGCUUCCGAAAGUAGAAAAUCCUGAACUAAUUUCUCAGUUUCGGCCGAUUGGUCUCUGCAAUGUGAUCUAUAAGUGUGUUGCUAAGUGUCUCACAGGUCGACUUCGCUUGGUGCUGCCUAGUUUGGUGGCUGAUUACCAGAACGCAUUUGUUCUAGGUCGUCUUUUAUCGGAUAACACGUUGAUUGCUCAUGAGGUCAUUAAUUUUAUGAACAAUUCAAAGGCCAAGAAGAGGUUUUAUGCAUCCCACAAGUUGGAUAUGAAUAAAGCCUAUGAUCGGGUGUCCCCUACAGCAUGUGACAAUCUUAUGGCUCUCCUGACUGAGUUUUGCGGGUUAUCGGGACAAGUGAUUAACUUACAAAAGUCAUUCGUUAAGUUUCGCCCGAAUACGGUGGAAGAUUAUCGUGAUUAUCUUUCUAGUAGCCUGAAACUUCAUUGUAAGCCCUCUCUUGGUUCUUAUUUGGGGUUACCAGUUGAGUUCAGCCGAAGUAAGGUGGCUGACUUUGGUUUUCUGAUUGACAAAGUUGUUAAGCGACUUUCUGAUUUUGCGACUGUUGGUUUGUCUUCUGCUGCUAAGCUAGUAAUCAUUAAUUCGAAUUUGGUCGCUUCUUUCAAUCAUAUCUUGUCGGUGUUUAAAGUUCCUCCUUCGGUCUGUUCUCGCAUUGAUAUCUUGUUGGCUCGAUUUUGGUGGAAAUCUGAUUCUCAAUCUCGAGGUUUAGCGAUGCGUUCGAAAUCUCUUCUUCAUUUGCCUAAAGGGCUGGGAGGUUUAGGUAUACGUCAGUUGGAAAGCUUUAACUCUGCACUUCUCGCUCGGCAAUGUUGGCGCAUUCAUCAGCAUCCCCAACUUUUGGUUUCGAGACUGCUUACUGCUAAGUAUCCUUCCCUUCGUUCUUUUAAGACUCGAACGAUUCCUCGGUCUUCUUGGGGUUGUCGUAGCCUUUUAACUGGCCUGUCCACUCUUGAUCGGGCACUUCGCAUCAUGGCUUUGGAUCGCCCUCUUCAGCCGAUGGACGAUUUCGUCUACUGGAAGUUUUCUAGGAAUGGAUCUUUCACUACUAAGUCUGCUUACGCAAUGUUGCUAAGUCGUUCGGUGUCAUCUGAGGUCUCGGGUACAAUUCCGGCCACUUGGUGGAAGCACUUCUGGAGGUUGCCUCUUCUGCCAAAACUCCAGUGUUUUUGUUGGAAAUUACUUCACAAUGCGCUACCUCUCUCUGGGAAUCUGCAGCGCCGAGGUAUUUCGAUCGAUCCAACUUGUGUGUUCUGUUAUCAAGAACGUGAAACAUCAGACCACCUAUUCCGGGAUUGUUCAUUCACCUCUUAUCUUUGGGCUUGUGCUCCGAUAACCUUUUCUCCUUCUAUUUUGCAUGGGAAGCCUUUUAAUGAUUGGUUUGUUGAUACAGUCUCUAAGCUCCGUUCCUCUCGGAAUUGGGACGUUUUGGCCUCUUUUGUAUCCUUUUGUUGGGCAGUCUGGAUUGCGCGUAACCAUAAGAUUUUUAGACAAGCAGUGUUGUCUCCCGGCGUGAUUUUCCAUUUGAUGCAGGAUUGGAUCUCUAGGAGUGUUUUAGCACAAGGGUUCAGGUCCCUGGUUCGCGAGUUCAGGUCCCUGGUUUGCUCGCUAGGGAAUUCAUCUCUCACUACUUCGGUAGCUUCUGAUUCAUGCUAUCUACAGGGCUCCUCUGCCUUUGACGUCUGCCUUCUUUUUGACGGGGCUUGGAGUUCUAAGAAUCUUAACGCAGGAGCAGGUUGGAUUUUUAGGGAAGUGUUUUCAGAUUCUGUGUUGGGAGGUGGCUCUAGAGCUUGUCACUCCUCUUCGGCCCUUCAGUCUGAGUUACAGGCAUGUUUGUGGGCUCUUCGGGCUGCUGGUCGUCGAGGCUUUCGUCGUCUUCUUAUCUACUCUGAUUGUUCGAAUCUUUUUUCUCUUCUACGAGAUGGUGGUGAUGAAGAUAUUUCUUGCCACUGGUUGCUUCACGAGAUUCGGCUUUCUGUCUUGCAGUUCUCUAUUUGCAAACUUCGCAAGGUUCCUCGUCAGUGGGUUGCCCCUGCUCACUGGUUGACUGCUCAGGCUCGUCGUCGGCAAUUGCUUAGUUGGGCCUUCUAG